CGCCUACAGCUCUCCGGCGACUGGAGAUAAAACUGCGUCCUGAGGGAGAAGUUGGCAGGAACGGCGAGCAUCUCGCCUCGGACUCUUCAUUAAAAACAACAUCUCGCCUUCUUGCUUUCAUAUCGGCUGCGAAGAUGCGCGCCGCUGGAGAGAGAAAAGGGGCCAUGUCAAGUCAUCGUGGUAACACAGAGCAGGGGCAGCCUGCUCAAGUUUGAGCCUGUCCCAGAAUGCACCAGCUGUUCCGUCUAGUGUUGGGACAGAGAGACCUGUCCCGUGCAGGAGACCUCUUCUCUCUGGAUGACAGCGAGAUUGAAGACUGCCUGUCCCAAGCCUUGGAGGAAAUCAAAGUCAUAUCCUGUUCACCAGACUACUUGACCAAUGACAACGACCAAGCGGUGGUGGAGAUCUGCAUCACGCGCAUCACCACAGCCAUUAGAGAAACGGGUUCGAUCGAGAGGCACGGAGCAGCUCUUGUGUCGUUGUGGGAGUCUUGUCUCGAGCAUAACCUCCAGCCGCAGGGGAAAGAUGAAGACACACCCCAUGCCAAGAUCGCCUCCGACAUCACCAGCUGCAUUUUGCAGAAUUACAACAGGCCUCCAGUGAUGGCAUUAGCAGUCCCUGUGGCGGUGCGGUUCUUGCAGCAGGGGAACCAAGAGCUAAGCAGAAACAUGUCCAGCUACUUGUCGCUUGCUGCCAUUGCUAAAGCUGAACUCCUCGUGCAACACACUGAGGCCAUCACCUGCAGCGUGCUGGGAGGCAAUGCCAUGCUGUUGAGAGUGCUGCCAUCUGUGUAUCCACGACAAUCAGAGCCUAUCCAUCAACACAUCCGUGAGCUGGUAGCAAUGAUGUCCCAGUUGGACCAGGCCGGCAGACAACACCUGCUCAGACUACUGCAGAUGAUCUCUGACCUUCACCCCUUGGUAUUGUCGUCUUUGGUGCCAUCGUUGAUUGGUUAUGUCAGUGACAGUGAUCUCAGUGACACUGCUUUGGGUGUGUUGGUGAACGUGGCUCAGGCAAGCCCCGUCUCUCUCGUUCCCUUCCUGUCCACACUUAGAAAUGUCGGUCAGAAGAACCCUUGGUUGCUGGGACACAUCGCUAAGAUCCAUGGGGCAGUGGGUCUGAUUAGUGAGGUCCAGGCUCGCGGGGCGCUGCAGUAUCUGGUGUCACUCCUGGCAAGCAUGGAGCACAGCGCCCAUCACACACUACUGCUGGAGAUCCGUUGCCUCACCGACCGCUAUACCUCCAUCCUGGGUGGUGGAGGAAAAGACAUCUACCGCAUGAGCAACAGUUUCACCGCCAUCGCUCGACUGCUGGGCCGCAAGCUGGAGGCUGACAGCACACUUAUCAGAGAGGAGGAGAAGGUACAGGAUUUGUCCAGGUCAUGUGAAGCAGAGUCUGGUUCUGACAUGUUUUCUGAGAACCAGCGUCUGCAGGUGAAGAUCCAGGCUUUCGAGCAGAAGAUGGGUGAUGAUGUGGAGGAAUUUGUGGAAGAGGAUGCUUCUCCUGGUCCUCAGAGACGCCACAGUGUGGGUCAGGCAGCACGAGACGAGCGCAGAGAGAUGAGGUUCAACAGGUCAAAGAGUCUGGCUCUUCACGCUGUACGCACACGAUCCAUUAACUCUGACAGCAGUCCAGAGGGAGAAGGGGCAGAUCUGAGCGCGGAACUUGAUGUCUGUGAGGCCAUUCCUAGUUUAGAGACUGGUUCUGCCCUCACGACCCUGCAGGAGAACCACAAACUCACAGAGACUGAACCUGACACAUCUCCAAACAGUGAGGGGCAAAAGGUGGCAGCUGGAGAUCCCCAGGAGGGAGAUCGACUCUGGAUCCACCUAAGAGACAACAUGGAAGAAAUCAAAACCUUCUGUGCAGAAAUGAUCAAGCAAAUCCCCAUACCUGAGCACUGUGUCGUUGAAGACUCACAUCAUGGCUGUGUAGCCAAGCUGUCCUUUUCCUGUCCACUGAAAGGACACUACUGCCUGUACGGAAAGUCCUGUUUCUCACUGUGUAGCCGUCAGCCACACCUCUGGAUCCAUAUCAUGCUACUGGCCCUGCAGAGUAAAGUGAGCGAGGCGUUGUGCUGUCAAGAUGAGUGUGUCAUCCAGCUGAGGAAACUUUGGGAGAAAACACAGCUGAAGGGAGCUCACAGCUUUGAGCUGGCCAUGACCCAGACAACUGUUCCUCACAAGAAGGAUGUGGACAGUUUGCAGAUGUAUCUGGAUGAGGUUCGUUUCUUUGACCUGUUCAGCUACAGUGAGGAGGAGGGUGGCUGGCUCUGUUUCAUGUGCAGUAACCCUGAAAAAGCAACAGUUGUUAACCAGGAUGGCCAGCCACUCAUUGAAGGGAAGCUGAAGGAGAAACAAGUGCGCUGGAAGUUCAUUAAAAGGUGGAAAACACGUUAUUUUACCCUUGCAGGCAACCAGCUUCUCUUCCGAAGAGGAAAAUCAAAAGACGAACUGGACAACAGCACAAUUGAACUUAGCAAAGUGCAAAGCGUUAAGGUGGUUGCGAAGAAGAGGCGUGAUCGUGGGCUGCCCAGAGCCUUCGAGAUCUUCACCGACAGCAAAACCUAUGUGCUGAAAGCUCAAGACGAGAAGCAUGCGGAAGAGUGGCUGCAGUGCAUUAAUGUAGCUGUGGCCCAGGCCAAAGAACGUGAGAACCGCGAGGCCACAACAUACCUGUGAUCCUUGUUUUGAUGAGGAUCUCGUGGGCCAGAUGGGUGUGUCUUAUUGCCACAUUUUUUCCAUGGUGACAUUUUACUAACAUUAGAGACAAAAGUCACGUCUCAAUGCCACCUUCAACCUUUGCAGUCAUCCUCCACAUAAAUUCCUGCAAUGGCAAGCCACAAAGACUGUCAGUUGGUCCUUUGUUACGGUGAGCUUGGCAAAGGGCAUCAAGGGCACAUCGUGGCCAAAAAGGAUCCCUCAGGAGAAUCUUUAUGAAUCAUGAAAUGAUCAGUGGGACAUCCUACAGUCUUAUGGACUACUCAGACGCGUGUUAGGAAAGAGCACAAGACCACAAGUCAAAAUCAAGUGCGUCAUUUGGGACAUGACCAAAGAAAAAGAGUGACGUACAAUGAGGCUGAGCUGUGUGCCUGUUUUAAACUUUGCACUGAUGCUCGUUCUAUGGGUCAUAUCUCAGCAUUUUUAAAACACCGAUCAUGAUUUAAUUCAUCUUUGUCAUCCAGAGAAGUAUAGAAGACUUCUUUAGAAUCAGCAAUCACAUACAUUCAGAGCUGUCACAGUUAACACGUUAACGCAUACGUUACAUUUUAACACCACUGCCUCGUUUAUUUAGUUUGAUGCUAUAUUCUUUAGUUGCUGUCUCAUCGUGUUUCAUGAUUUCUCUUUUUGGUAUUUGUGUGAGAUGAGUAACAUUUUACAACAUAAGCAGAAUCCGCAUAAAUUCAUGAACCUAGUAAUUAAAUAGUCUGAUUUUAUUUCCUUGAUAAGUAACUGAAUGCCAUAGCUUGUUAACUAGAACCAUUAUAGGGUUAAUCCAGGAGUUCCCAAACUUUUUUGGUCAGCCACACCGCUUAGAUUUAAUAUUUCUUCUAUUUACUUGAACUACAUUCUGAGAUUUGAAGUUAAUAUUUUAAUAAUUUAAUGAAAUAUUUACAUGUUCACGCUUCUCUAAUGUUGAUACUAAUCAUAAUAAAAAAGUAUACAAUUAUUAGUAGUAUGUUUAAAUUUUUUUAAAAUAGAAAUGCAUGUGGUUAUACAGUACACACUUGUUUAAAAUAUAAAUAUUAUUAUAUAUUACUUUUUAUUAUAAAUAUUUGAUCAUAAAAAAGCCAAUUUAUUUUAAUUUGAUCAAUUUUCAUUAUUUUCUUUUUUUUAUCAACCCACGAGCCCCUUGCAGUACUCCUGUUUGGGAAACCCUGGUUUAAUCAAUUGACAGCCCUCCUCUACAUGGCAUAAAGUAAGCUCUGAAGUUUUCAUAAUCUUGAAUUCUACUGCCAGCUCCUCUGCGCUCCCAGAAUACAGCAAGAGCCAAUGUUAUCUCGACAGCAAUAAUAUUAUACUACAUUUAGCACUCAACUCACAAACCAUGCUAACUGUUACAACAUACAGCAAUAAAAGGAAUUAAGCUGGAUCGAUUUCAGAAAAAGGACCAAAAGCAUUAAGAAGUGCCUCUAAUAAUCAUUGCAUGAAAGAUACAAAUCUAUUAAUGUAGUGGCAAAACAGAUUUUGGUACACGCUGUUCUUUGGCCACAGAAACUUGCGUGUCAGAAAUGUUGAUCAAUGUCUUCUUGAAUAACAUAGAGGACCUCUCCAAAGUUCUAGGGAACCGCAGAACAAUGGCGGUGAAAGAAAUUCGUUCCACUGGUAUCUGUUUCAGGACUGUUUCGUGCUUUGGGGUGGGCUUUCGUGUCUCAAGGCAAACCUUGUCCCUAUUUCUCAAUAUUUAUCCAUGGAUGAAUACCAGUUGUGUUGUACAGUAACAGUGACUCAAAUGUGACUGAAGCCUUUUAUCUAUUUAUAGUACUAAUAAUUUUGUCAUGCAAAGACACACUAGGCCUCCUACAAUAUUUUUUGCCCUGCGACAAAAAGUAACUGAUUGCAUGUAAUAUGCAUUAUGGAAUCAGAUUCCAAAAAUUAAGUAUAUUACCUUAUAAAGUGCUCAUAAUCAGAUUACAGUUACUUUUUAUGGAUUACAUAGUUACAUAUUAUUCACACAGUGGUAGUACAUUAUGCAUAAUUUAACGAGUCUCUCUAACCUAUCUUUUAAAUUUUCCUUUGUAUAAAUCCUACUAGAAAUCAUCAGCUUUGACUAUAUUCACAAAGACAGACAGAAAAUAAUAUUAAAGAUUAAUAAAAAGUCAUCUAAAAAGUAGAGAAUGCAUUACCUAAAGUAGAUUGCAUUCAAGUAGAUCUAGAUUGCAUUACUAAAUACAGUUUUCAUUUUUGUAAGUAAUCUACCUAGAUCUGUUGACAAAUGGGUUUGGUUCCAAUAUGUUUAGAUUCAGAAAGAACAGUGAAAAUGUAUUCCAAAAAAUUCUUUAUUUUUUUAUCUGCUUAAGUGUUAAAAUAUUUUAUGCGAUUUCAGUUUUUUAAAGAUCAUCGUGCAUCUAAUCGUGAUUUUAAAAAAUGCUGUGGGGAAAUUUACUAAUAAUUAAUAUUGCGCAGUUUAUUUACAAGCAUUGUUUUGUUGCCUGGUUCAUUGAAGGAAAUAAGCAAUGACUCAAACGUACCCACAAAAUUCGUCCUGAACACAGUGUGCAUGGCACAGUUCCCCACAGUGCACUUUGAUUCUUACUGCCACGUUAUGACUAAACUAAAAUAAAGCUAAUUUAGAGAGGUUUGUGUAACAUUUAAUAUUUCAGCAUAAUUAGCUUUUGGUUAAACUAGAUAAAAGGUUUGUGAAUAGAUAAAAUAUCAUGCACCAGGGCCAUGCAUUGUGAAAUAGUUUUCAUGCAUUUGUUUUUGGGGGGGAAAAAAAACUGCUUUAAACUGAAAGUAGCUCAAACUGGUAGCUGUAUGUCACUAGAUGAUGAAGAGAUCAGUGGUGAGAUCUCUGGUCAGAUGAGAAUUUUUGUAGUGCUGGAAGUAGCUAUUUUUGUCCUUAAACUUUUUAAAAAAGAUGCGGAAAGUCAAUAAUCUAGUUAGAAAAAAAGCUAAAAGUGGCAUUGACUUCUCGGCUGGUCCUCCAUUGUCAUUUCUCCUCUUUAUAUCUCCUUAUAUAGUUCCUUCGUGAGACUCUAUAGACAAAUGUGGCACACAGGUGUCUCUCAUUAUCACUCAUGCCACUGGCCUCGCUCCGUUCCCACGACUCUCGGCCCUGCCCUGUUUGCCAAAAUGAUAUCAUACACAGGGGUCUGCCUGAGGUAUUCGUCUUUUAAUGCUUUCUCUAUGAUAAAUUGGCUGCUUUCGUUCUUCGCUUGAGUGGUUUUUGGAUGACUCCGUUCAAAAUGAGGAUAUUUAUUGAGGUAAGAAUCGAAUCAAUUAAUGAUUGGAUUCGUGACACAAAACAUUUGGCAUCUUGAAGCACCUUUAUUUUUAAAAGUAUCUCUUAACCCAGGGUUAAAUGUGGCAUUAACCCAGGGCUAAAAAAAAGUUGAAAUGGCACGAAAAGCUCUGUUGUAUUUGAAAACAGAAGUAUGUCCGCAGAUGUUUCUUGUUUUGCUUCACAGUGUUGAUUUCCUCUGUUUAUUUACUUCAGUUGACAACAUAAUCCAGUCAGGAUGCACGUCAGCAUCUUGUAGCAUUUGUUCAGAUCUCACACCCCUAAUGGCCCGUGACAGAUGGGUUUUCAGCUCAGCAAGGUGUCUCAAGGUCCCAGGAUGGGGGAAGACCCCCAAAACACGUUUGCAUUUCCAUGGUUUGUACGUCAUUUACCGACUAUCAGCAUUCUCACAGUCAUCAUGUUGGGGUCUCUGAGCCAAAAUUCUAUUUAUUUUGAAAGUGUUUUGUUUUCUGUUUUUAGUUCAUCUGAUUUGAAAUGCACUUCCAGGCAGCUGUAUAAAUAUCUGUCCAAUUACUUGCUAAAUGAAGGUGUACACAUGGGUGCAUGACCUCUGUGACAUGAGCAUGGCGUAUGUUUGUGUUGUUUCUCCUUAGGGACGAAUGUCUAUUUUCUCUGUAUUGAACGCUGGAGGGUUUUGCCGUCUUCAAAUGAAGUUACUGAACUGUUUUUUGAUACUGGAAUGUACAGUGAAGGAACUACUGACUGUGAGAGGUAAUUUUUCAAAGACAUUCAGUGUUAAUAUAAAAUUUUAUAUAUAUAUAGAAGUAUUAGUCAACAUGAAAUUGACCCUAUUUACUUUCCUAAGAUGUUUUCUUGGUCUUGUUGUAAAAGAUUCAUCUGAUUAUGUUAUUCCAAAGAAUUUUGAUAUAUAAUUAUCCAUGUGAGAUCGUGGAUUAUGCGAGUAGCCAAAUCUGUUUAGCAUUGUUUUAGCAAACACAUUUUUUUAUUCUGAAUUCAUUCUGGUAGGGUACACCGUGUGUCCUGGUCAUGAUUCUCAUUAGGUAAAAUGAAAUCUGCUCCGUAUUUUUUUCUUGCAAAUAUGGUUGCAAACAGCAAUUCAUGUUGACAUUAUGAACAUUUGUAAUAAUUGUGAACACGAAAAGCACACUGGAUAAAAUAUUUGUUAGUUAUUUUAUUUUAAUUCAGUUUUUUUUUUUUUUAUCUGUAUUUAUUUUAAGUGUUUUCAACUAAACGCUGAAAUAUUACAGUAAUUUUUUGAAGAUUGACGUUAGUAGAAAUUUUCCAAAGCUUAAAUAUUUUCUUUAGAUGAACAGUUCCACUAAAUCUACCCAUUAUUGACUAAUAUAAUAAUAUUUGUUUUUAUUUGUUUCAAUAAAUAAAUCAUUAGAAUUAUUAUGGCGGCAUCUACUUUUAUUACUUCGAAUCACAGACAUUUAAAAGGAUAGUUCACACAAAAAUGGAAAUUCUGCCAAAGAUUUGUCACGCCAGUAAUCGCCCUCAUGUCAUUCCAAACCUGUAAGACCUUCAUUCAUCUACAGAGCACAAAUUAAGAUAUUUUGGUUGAAAUUCGAGAGCUUUCUGACUCUCCAAAGAAAACACUGUAACUAAAAUGCUCCCAGACCCAGAAACGUAAUAAGGACAUCAACUGGUCCAUGUGACACCAGGAGUUCAACCGAAUGAAGCUAUGAGAAUACCUUUUGUGCACAACGAAAAUAAAAAUAAUGACUUUAUUU